AUGGAGGCCAAGGUGAAGGAGGCCAAUGCGCUGUUUCUUCAGGGCAAACACUCGCCUGCUGUGGCCCUCUACACGGCAGCCAUCGAAGCUGGGGCGGCCUACCUUCGCCUGGGCCUCUACCGCAAAUGCUUGGCGGAUUGCGAGGCCGCAUUGCGCCUCCAGCCCGCCGAUCCCCGCCCCUACCUUCUCAAGGGGAAGGCGCUGGUGGGAAUGAACAAGAGCGCUGAUGCGGAGGCUGCAUGGAGAGCGGGCUUGGACAAGGCCGACGGCGCUGCGGACGUUGAGCUGCUCCUGCAGCUUCAGGGCCAACUCAAUCCGCCGGUCGCCGCACCGGCCAUUGCCACUGCUCCUGCUGCCUCUUCCGAACCCAAGCCUGCGGUGAUCACGAACGGCGAGGCCAAGGCCACCAUCACCACACCAUCUCCGCAAGCGAGUGCUGUCCCGCGCGCUGCCGAGCCAGCGGGCAAGACCAAAUCGCCGGCGCCGGCUCAACAGCCCAAGAAGGAAGCUAAGAGCCCGCCGACUGCCGCUGCAGUCGCCGCAGCGAAUCCCAACGACCUGGCCGAGGCGUCGGCCAUGGUGGCGGCGCGCGGGCUGGUGCAGCACGGCUCGGGCAACACGACGCUGGAUGAAAAGAUCGCGAUGGGCUACCUCCACGUCAACACCGGCAACUUCCCGCAGGCCAUCAAGCUCUUCAACGUGCUCGUCAACCUCUACCCCAAGCUCGUGGCCGCCUACCUCGGCCGCGGUACAGCCUACGCCCUCUCCGGCCAUCUGUCCACAGCGGUGGAGGAGUUCAGUGCGGCGAUCAAGAUCGACGACACAUGCAUGGAGGCAUGGAAGCGAAGAGGCCAAUCCCGCGCGGCGAUGGGGCAGGACGCCGAGGCCGUCCUCGAUCUCACCCGCGCCGCCGAGCUCGCCCCGAAGGACGCCGACAUCUACCACCAGCGCGGCCUCAUCUACUUCAAGCUGCGCAACUACGGCCGGGCGGCGGAGGACUUCCGAAGGGCGACCGCGGCGGAUGCGAUGAGCAAGCUGUCGUGGAACCAUCUGGGUCUCUGUCUCAACGCCCUCGGCCGACCUAUGGAGGCCAUCCAAGCGCACAAGCGCGCACUCGAACUCGACCCAGCCUUCCGCGAGGCCCUCGCCAACAUCGGACAGGCCUACAAGGACUACGGCAACUCACUGAAAGCCGAGAAGUACUUUGCGAAGGGACUCAAGGUGGACCCCAACUACAUGCACGCCUUCCAUUUGCGCGGACUGGCUCGGUUCGGCGCCGGUGAUCACCGAGGGGCGCUGAGCGACUUCACUGCAGCUCUGCGAGUCGACGAUAAACACAAAGACUCGCGUCUAAUGCGCGGCAUUGUGCUGCAUGGACUCGGCCGCUUCCGAGAGGCCGUCGCCGACUACGAUGUGCUCGUGCGGGAGAAGCCCGACCACGUCGCGUGGUACAAUCGACAGAUUGCCCUGUGGACGCACCACCACCUCGACACGCCCGUUGCCCACUUCAACAUCGACAGGGUGUUGAACGCAUACUUCAAGGAGGCCUGGUGCAAGCGACUUGAUCCGGCCACGCUUACGUCCUACACGUCUCAACCGCCCAUCAACAACGCAAUUGCGGACGUGGCACUCAACGAUGAACUUCGUUCAGAGCACGCCAAGCUGUUGAUCAGGGCGGCUGUGGACAUCGGGAAGAAGAUUCAACUCAACUGCCCGGGCUACUUGGCCAACCAGCGGCAACAGCGCGCAUGCGGCUUCGCUAUAAUCGAACUUGCCCAGACCCUGCGACGAGUGUGGGCUGGCGAGGAGACGCAGCUGUCGGGUAAGGCCUCCUCGCUCACAGACCAGCCUCAUACAUUCGCGUGGCGCGACCUCUACGACAUCCCCAUCCGCUGGCGCCAAUUCUCGGAGCCGAACGACCCCGUGUGGUGGGUCGAUCUGCUCAGCCCCGAACAGUUCGCUGAAGGGUUCGGUUCGCACACACCGAUGGUGACGGGGCAGACGUACGUGGUGCGCUACUCGCCCAUGGCGCCACGCGCGAUAAGGAUCAUGCGAGAGCAGCUCCAGCAGAGCCCGCUCGUAUCACAGGAACUCCGACACAAGCUCACGCGCGACAACCUCGACUGCAAGACGCUGCACGAGGCCGUCCAACACGACUUCUGGGUGGUGACGCCCUGCCACUCCCUCGCGCGUCCCAAUCGGAUCAUGGAAGGCACCCGCCUUACCAUUCAGAGAUCGCCGCCGGAGGGCUACGAGUUCUCCAUUCGAACGCCCGGCACGCCUAACCGCUGGCAGGAGUACAAUGCGGAGAUGGCGCACAACUACAGGCUGUUGCAGGAGGAGGCUAGCAAGCCCCACCGCGACCUAUCCAAGCUCACCGAGCUUGUGCUCCACAUGGCCUUCUACUGGUACAACUUCAUGCCGCUCUCCCGUGGCACCGCUGCCGUCGGUCUGGUGACUGUGCACGCCAUGUUCCUUGCGCUGGGCUUCGAGAUGGAAUCGGGACUGCCGCAGGGCCUGCAGCCGGACUGGGAGGGCAUUCUGACGGCGCGGCCAUCGGACUUCGUGAAGUGUCUGCGCUCCGCCUGGAUCGACGCGGCCUGCCGCCCCACAACCACCCUCGAUGCGCUCCCCCUGGUGGCUCAAGUGUGUCCCACCCUUCGCCACAUGGUCCUCGCCCUCAACGCCGCCAGUUGA